AUGGAGAGGUGCAAGUCUGUACCGACUUCAAUGUUUCACAAUGAAAAGAUUUUGAAGUUUGAAGGAUGUGAUAGGGCUGAUCCAAUAGUUUAUAGAAGGCUGAUUGGUAGUUUGUUGUAUUUGACAGCAACGAGAUUACUGUCGAGGUUUAUGCAAGCUCCAAGUCAAGUUCAUCUUGGUGUUGCUAAACAAACAUUGAGAUAUAUCAAAGGAACUGUUGAUUAUGGUAUUUGGUUUAAAAGGGAAGAGCAAGGGCAACUGAUGGGUUAUUCAGAUAGUGAUUGGGCGGGAAGCGCUGAUGAUAUGAAAAGCACUUCUGCAUAUGCUUUUACACUUGGUCCAGGAAUGUUCUCAUGGAAUUCAAAGAAGCAAGAGGUGGUAGCUCAAUCUUCUGCAAAAGCAUAA